GCCAACAUGGCGACGAAGAUGGGAUCGUUCGGGCAGAGGCAAUGACCAAGCCUGAGGAAACGGCAACGACGUCACGGCAAGCGAGGACAUCAGUGAUGACCACCACGCUGGGAUCUUUGGCCGACUUCUGCCCAGACUCUGGUAAUAUCGAAGUCUACCUGGAAAGGCUCGACCUGUAUGCAACCGCCAAUGGAAUAGACCCAAGUAAGAAGUUGCAAGUCUUCUUAACAAUCCUGGGUGAAAAGGCUUACGUGACUCUGCGUAGCCUGCUGCUGCCGAAGAAACCAACGGAAGUCAAGUACGAAGAAGCUACAGAAGCUCUCCGAAAUCACUAUGCUCCAAAACGGUCAGUGGUUACCGAACGGUAUUACUUUUACCAGCGAAAGCAAGAGCCGGACGAAAGCCUAAAGCAGUUCAUCGUCGAGCUGAAAAGACUGGCUGCAACGUGCACGUUUAGAAGCUUCUUGGAAGAAGCGCUCCGGGAUCGACUGAUCGCUGGAAUCAGGACGGAUUCGAUUCGAUGCCGUCUUCUUGCUCUGUCAGACGACGAAGUAACCUGGGGGCGAGUAUGCAAAAUUGCCACCGCCUUGGAAACGGCCCAGAAAGAUACCCGAGAAAUGCUACAGGAGGGGUCAACUGCCAGUCCUGCGGACGUUUACUGGCAUCGGGAGCCCACCACGCAAGGUGCCGGCGAUUGCCGUACGGAGUGGCAAGCGCACCCGCAAUGUUUCAGGCCGUGA